AUGGACCAAGUUCAGGAUCUCGUCCUGAACCCAUUAAAACCGUAUCUGAUUCCAAUCACUCACAACCUCCCGAGCCCCCUCAAUGACCUUGCCAUCAACCUCCUCGGCGAACGCUGCCACAGCGCCCUUCUCCUCGACCUCGACUUUGCCUCCCAUCCCGAAUGCGUCUCCCUGGCCAUCUCGAAAGCCCUGGGCAUCGUCAUCAUCACGGCCGCAUCCGUGGUGAAGGUGCCCCAGAUCAUCAAGUUGGUCAAGUCCCAGUCCUCGGAGGGCCUGUCUUUCACGAGCUACUUGUUGGAAACCGCCAGCUUCGUUAUCACUCUGGCUUAUAACAUGCGCAAUGGCUUUCCCUUCAGCACAUACGGCGAGACCUCUCUCAUCGCCAUUCAAGAUGUGGUGAUCAGUGUGUUGAUCCUGGUAUAUUCGAAGAAGACCGCGCAGGCGGGCGCCUUCCUCGCGGCGUUCGGCAGCGCCGUGUAUGCGCUGAUGAUCUCGGACACCCUGGUCUCGGACGCGCAGAUGACGAGCUUGCAAGCGGGCGCCGGUGCCUUGAGCAUCGCCAGCAAGCUGCCACAAAUCCUCACGAUCUACAGCCAGGGUGGGACAGGUCAGUUGUCCGCGUUCGCCGUCUUCAACUACUUGUUCGGCAGCCUCAGUCGGAUUUACACGACGAUUCAAGAAGUGGACGAUAAGCUGAUCCUGUACGGAUUCAUUGCCGGGUUUGCGUUGAAUGCGGUUCUGGCCGCGCAGGUGGUGUACUAUUGGAACAGCCCAACGACCGCAGGACAUGCCAAGGAGUUGAAUAAGAAGGGAAAAGGUGGAUUGCAGGGGGUUGGACAAAAAGGAGGUGCCGCACUGGCCACAGAGGAAGCGACCAGGCUGAGUCCCGGCAAAGCCAAUACCACGGCAAGACCCAGCAGCAGCAGCGGGAGAAGAAGAGGAUGA